AUGACCGACAGCAAAGUAGAUGCGGUGGAAGCCAAGCUGCGCGAGAUGUUCGAGGUGCGGUCAGGUUACCGCGACGAGCACAGUCAGGCUGCGAUGCUGGCCAAGCACUUCCGCUCUUUCGACCGCGACGGAUCGGGCGUCUUGGACUUCGACGAGUUCGCGCGGGCGAUGCUGUCGCUCAACUUUGUGGGGGUGCAAGCGGAGACCGAGGCGCUCUUCGACCGCUACGACGCGGAUCUCGAUGGCGUUCUCAGCUACGUCGAGUUCGCUCGGGCAGUCACGGGGGUAUCCGGUCGAGUACCGCUGACUGGUCGAGCUCGGUCGCUGCUGGAGUGCGUACGUGAAAGCAUACUCGAGGCGGGCGGCAACAACGGCAUCCGGACAUUAGGCGUGAUCCUGCGACGAAUCGACCAGAACGGCAACGGCAUGAUCGAGCUAGAGGAAUUUCGCGAUGGUAUCGCCCAGUUGGGUAUCCGCGACGUGGACCCAGAGGAACUGGAACGCACGUUUCGCUGCUUCGAUCGAGACCAAAGCGGCAAGAUCACUAUCGACGAACUCAUGCGCGGACUUCGGGAGUCGAUGGCUAAGCGCCGCAUCCUGCUUGUGAAGAAGGCCUUCGCUCUCUUGGACACUUCAGGUGACGGUCAUGCCACCAUCGACGAGGUGCAGCGCCUGUACGACGCCUCCCAGCACCCCGAAGUCCUCGCUGGAAGGAUGAAGCCACGCGACGCGAUGCUCGAGAUGAUGAGCGUCUUCGAGCAGUCCGACUCGCGCGGGGACGGAGUCAUCACGUGGCACGAGUUCCUCGAGUACUACAAGGACCUGAGCGCUGGCAUCGCCAACGACGACGAGUUCGAGUUCAUGGUGCGCAACGCGUGGCACCUCAGCGGCGGCGGCGGCGGCUGGAGCGCCAACUCGUCCUGCCGUCGGGUGCUCGCCACCUUCCGAGACGGCUCCCAGCGGGUGCUGGAGAUCGAGAACGAUCUGGGUAUCGCUGCGUCGGACACGCGUCGCAUGAUGGAGAAGCUCGCGGCUCAGGGCUAUCGGGACAUUGUAGGCUUGUCACUAGCUCACUAG